AUGUCCAUUAUCGUCACGCCAGCUGUACUGAACAUUAGGCCUUAUAUUGUUUGCUGUUUAGUAAAAAAUCUGAAUUUUAAUAAAAACAAUGCCUUUAAGAAAUUCAUCGCAUUGCAAACAAAAUUUCAUGACACCAUUUGUGACAAGAGACAAGCAGCAACAAUAGCUACACAUGAUAUGAAUCUUGUCAAAUCUCCUCUGACUUAUGAUGCCAAAGUUCCUUCUCAUAUCAAGAUUACUCCUUUAUUUGCAAAGGAGGAACUGACAGCCCAAUCACUAGUAGCUAAUUUAAGGAGAGAAGCUGAUGAGAUUCGUAAAGAAAAGAAGAGGAAUAAACUCAGUGGGAUCCACAAAUAUCUUGAUCUUCUUCAUGAGAAACCUGAGUAUCCUUGCUUGGUGGACAAAGAAGGUUGUGUCAUCUCUUUUCCUCCUAUCACAAACAGUGACAAAACAAAAAUUUCCAAAGAUACCACUUCAUUGUUGAUUGAAGUUACCAGUUCACGUAGCUUACAUAUUUGUAAGGAAGUGAUGGAUACUUUACUUCAGGAAAUGUUGAAUAUGGGAAUUGGUGAAAGAUUAAGUGGUAAGAAAGCAGAAACUCCUGGAAGCGAACCUGAAGAAUCAAAUACAAAUGAUAAAUACAAAAUUACAGUCCAACAAGUCAAUGUAAUAAACCAGGACAAUUCAUUACGGGUUGUGUAUCCUUCACGUACUGAUCUAAAUUCUGACUUGAUACAAGUUACAUAUGAUUGUGAUGAGUAA